GUAGCCUCAUUAAUCAAGCUGUCAUGGAAGCACACGCAGACAGUUGCAGACUGUAGAAAUGUAGACACAGGCUAUUUCUGAUUCCUUUUAUAUAAAUAACUUUACAUUAUUUCACUGUAUGAUAAAUCCAAUGUAGCAGUUAUGUGCAGAAUUUAGUUUUUUGUUAUUUUAAAAUAUAGUUAAUAAGAUUGACUAAACUGCUAAAAACAAUCAGCUCCCAACUGUGAAGCAAUUAGAACGCAUAAGCCAUCCUUCUCCUGCCCUCUUCCCUUUAAAUUCUGCAUUUACACAGUAAAAACAGCAGCCCUGCCAUUAACCAAAGGUCACAUUUCUGCCAGACUGCAAUCCUUAGGUAACAUGUAGGAACAGACACUGACCACUCUCAACCUAAAACCCCUGAGCUUUAUUCGUAUCCUUUUUUUUUGGUGUGGCACAUCCCGUACAGACUCAUAUAUUGUUUCUUGUCUAGGAGCCACAUGCUGCUAUGAAACAUCAACAUCGAAGAGCAAAGCCUGCAGCCUUUUAAAAUGCUCCCAGUUUGUUACUUUUAUUGCUUUUCUUACAAUUUACAGGAGAAUAAAAUGCUAUAAAUUCAAUAGACAGAGUGGAAACGAUGACCUUUAUGUUGUCUAUUUUUAGAAUAAGGCAAUAUCAUGAAAUUGCUUUUACUGCAUUUACAUAAAGGCAGCGGGGUUCAAUAUGGAUUGAGUUUCAUUAUCUGACUGAGCAGCUUACCUAGCUUAAGGCAUGAAUGUCUAGACUUUAAUACUUUAAUACUACUACUACACCAAAAUUAUUUCUAAAGUCUGGAUUUCUGUACAUUUAAGCUUUUACUCCCAAGUAAAUAUUACUCAUAUGCGGAUAUCCACAAAAGUUAUUCUGGGUUUCACAGCACCCAUUAUAAUAUAUAAAUGGACAGCUGAACUAGAUAACAUUACAAUCUUGGCCUCAGUGUUUAUAGGUAGUGGAGAGACAUGUUCAUGUUCACAAAUCUAGAAUAAAUUGUUCUAAAUCAUAGAAAAACACACUGGAAGCCUGUGUAAGGGAGGAUUUUUGCUUCAAUAACACUGAGCUGAUGAGAUGGAGGAAGUCGUUGUGUGACUUGGCAGGCAGGAGGGACUGCAGGAGACAUGACCUGUGAAAACAGACCUGCUGUUUUUCUGUGCUGAAGGAAGAGAAAUCAGGGUCGGUAGGUAUUUGGGUUUGAUGCCCGGCGUUGAUGUCAGACGUCAGGAUAAGAAUCAAAGGAAAUUCUCAGGGGAGAGGUUCAGAUUGGCCAGUUGGAUCUGAACCAAGCACCAGGUUUGGAGAGAAAGCAAAGUUUUACCACAUGGUAGAGAAUAGAUAGAUUGCAAAUUGGCAGCAUUGUCUCAUUGUAUUAUGCUCCUAUGGAAUUCAGCUUUUCUUAGCUGCGUUUUGUAAUGUGAAUUCUAUACAUAGAAACAAAUAAUAUUUGGUUACUUGCUUUAGUUGGUAAAUUUGAUGGAUGUCUUAUCUUUAAGUGACACCAUGUACAGCUGGUGCUUUUGUGGCCUUCUCAUAAACUGAUUGGAGGAUUAAGCAUACACAGCAAAAAUAGCAAAAAAGCAAAAAUAUUCUGCUAAAAUUACCUAUUGCUUUAAGCAUGUCUGGUUAUGUAAGGCAACUAAAGGUUAAUCUUAGGAUUGAAGCCUAUUUUAUUGUGUGAGAUAAACUGGGCUUCCUGCAGAAGGGUCUUAAUAAAGACCUGAAAGGAUUUGGGAACAUGAAACACACAAUGAGAAAAUACUACGAGACAAGCCAUAAUUCAGCUGUAUGAGACUCUCUUAUGCAUCUCAGCAUAAGGUCUUUGCUGCAUGUUGGACAGAGUUAUGGUCUCUACUGAUUCAACAACACUACUCCUCUCUGUUCAGAGCCCUCCAGGGUUCAACCGUGCACACGUGACCAUCUGUAAAGCCACAUCAUGAUAGACUGAUAACACCUGGAGCUUGUAAAUCUGUGUUUGUGUGUGAGCGCUCAUACACAUGUAUGCACAUUUUUGUGAGUGUGUGUUGAUGGAUUAGGUGUCGUGCUGCUGGUCUCCAGUGUCAGGUUUAGGAUAUAUUGAUAAAGGUACAUGUUUGCCCAGUGUGACAUUUCCCAAGAACAGUUAGCUGUAAUGACAUAUCCUUGCCAGUACAAGGAAAACGUGCAUGUGGUGUGUUUUCACUAUUUUGUUAUACAGAUUUUUGUGUAGCAGCUUUGCUGUUUAAAUAAUAGUGUCCAAUGUGUUGCUAAGUCAGAUAUGUACCUCCAGGUUGUAGGAAAAGUCUACAUAUGAUGCACUGAGACAUUUAGGAAAGAUAGUUAGCAACCAUUUCAAGAAAUCACUUCAGUGAGACUGAGGAUGGAGAUUACAAGACAAAGGAGGAGACAGUAAAGAGUGUCAAGCCAGUGCAACACAUCGAAGGUGUGACCACCAUGAUAUUGACCGUGAUAAUAGGGGCAAAGCAUUAUAUUAUAGGUUGCGAUAAUGUCUGGGUGGGCGUCACACACCACGCACAAGUAGCAGAGGCAACAAUUAUCCUCAAACCAUUACACAGCUUAAUCUCUCUUUCAUAAGACCAGGAAUCAACUUUGACAGUUGUAAUUGUUCUCUUGCACGGAUUUCAUUCCACAAAGUGCUUUUUAUGUAUCAGUUGAACUCUCACUAGCAACGUGUCUGUGGAUUGUUUUUAAUGCAGCUCUACAGUAUGUCAGUAUGCUAAAAUUACCGAUGAUAAAAAACAGGCACACAUCGGCACUCAACAGGACCUCAAUUUAGCCUUUUCUUUCUAUACUUAUUUCAUGUUUUUCCAAAGGGUCUAGAGUGAAACAAGUUUUUUGCUGUUUAUUUGUUAAGAGAUGGUAAUAAUUACUGAUGGACUGAGUCAUCUAUAUAGGUUGGUAGCAGAAGGACCUAUUUAGAGCCAGUGUUUGGUUUGUCCGUUCUGAGCUACUGUAGAGACAUGUCGGACUCCUCAGAAAAGGACCCGUUCCCUCUGUAGGUAAAAAACGCUCAUUCUAAGGUAACAAUUCUUAUUUCUAGGUUAUUAUUAUACAGUAAUGAAAACAUACCUAUGAAUAUUAUAUUUCAUUUCUGCCAAUAGAUCCUUCUAAAUGUUACACACUGAACCUUUUAAUAAGAAGAUUCUUUUGAUAAAUAAUAUAAAAUAAUCUAGUUAGAUAUGUAUACACUUAUGUAUUAAUAAGUUCAUUAUUAAUACAUAACAUUAUAUUCAUUAGUUUUGACAACAGAAUCGGCAAAACAAUACAAUUAUGAGAACAUCAUUACAAUUCCACCAAAAGUCGUAAUAUAGACUUACUGCCCAGCCCUAACUCAAACAAACACACAGGAGCUUAGAAUAAUGUUGUCUAAGUGACACCAUGUGUAUCACUUACCAGCUUUAAUGUUUCCACGCUCUGCAUAGUGACACACUGCAGUGAUAAAGAUGAGGAAUGGCCUAAUCCACUUUAAUGUGGCCUGUAUUGCAUACAGCUUGACCUUAUAUACCUUAUCCCUGUCUGGUGACAUAAUUGCCAUUCCAGUGAGAUUAAAUGAUUUCUGCAGUAGCUCCAAACCUCUUUAACCCCGGCGAGGUUGUUGUCAGGGGAACAGCAUGCAAACUGAAGGCAACAAACCACUCUUUGCCAACAGCCCUCAUCAGUCUCCCACUGUCACACACACAACUUGUGUAUAUAGUGUGAGGCCGCAGCAGGUGAUUGGCUGCUGCUGUCUGUCCCUUUCUGUAUUUUUUUCAAAUAUUGGACUACCAGUAGGAUUUUUCAGACUUGUUGUAUCACAUUUAGAGCAGGAUCUUUAUUCUUUCUUUGUUGCAUUGCUGAGCAAGGAGCUCCAGCUGCCAGGCUUUGUCGCAUAUCUGCGCUGUGACUCAGAGCUUCCUCUCAGCAGUGUGUUUGUGUUUACGAGGUGCAAGUCAUGAACUCUCUAAUGAAGUAUUAACAAUCACUUUCUUGUCGAGGUGUUGCUUGCGGUUUUAUGGAACUCGGGAAACAUGCAUGUUAAAGAACCACAUAUGGUGCUGGCUACACACUGAAAACUUUGCUUGUGGUUCAUCAUCAUCAAACGUCUAAUUAAAAAUGGAAGUAAGAAAACACUGACUGUGGAUCAGUUCCCUAAUGGAUACCCUUCGCUUCAGUGAAUGAAGGCCAAAGAGGUUUUUGAUUACGAACAAAUGGAGAAAAAAAAGGCAGAAACAGAAAGUGAGUUGUCAUCAGGGAGGGAAAGAGCUUGUGCAACAGAAAGAAAAAGCAAAAUGAAGUCACAGGACGCACAAGAGAGCAGGAAAAGCAGAUAAUUUCACAUCAACCUCCAGAGUCCAGAGAUGGGCAGUCCUUAAAAGGACAUGGGAGACACAGGAUUGGCUGAGACGCCAGACCAACUAACCACUGGAUUGGUUGGUCGGACUAGAAUGACCUGCAUGGAAUGGAGAAACUUUCCAAAUAAGGAAGAGAGUUGUCAGAGCUGACCUUCAUAACACAGACAGGGGGCAGGAGGAAAAAGGGGUGAGCAGAGGGAAAAGGGAGUGAUGAAAAGACGCACAGAGAGAUGAGGGGAGCGAGAGACCAUGGUGUAUGCUUGGGAGUUGACAGCAUGGAAACUAACAGGCCCCAGUGAUCCCCUCAUAGAAAGCAGACUGUGUUUCCCAGGAAAGAACACCCUGGUAUGUUAAACACUGAGAAACACAGAGAUAAAUACACAUUGCCGUACAUACACACACACACACUCAGAGAAUCACAUUGUUUCCGGAUGAGGUCAAUCAACCCCUGAUUAGAUCCUGACCCCGGGCUGUUGGUGUGAGCGGUGUGUGUGGCUGCAUGUGUGGUAUAAGCUUGAUCUUCCUUAAGACACACUCCCAGACCAACACACCACUUCCAGUUGUGGAUGUUAAUUAGAGGGUGUAACAAUGUAUACACACUCUAAUCUUAUGACACGGCUGUCACCAAGAACCGACUCUGAAAAGACUCACUCUGACUCGCUUCCAAGUGUCAGUGAGUCAAAACAGAGGGAAUGACUCGCACCUCUGAAGAGAGGAAGACCCUCUCCUAAUGGCUGUGUGACCUUUCCCCAGUAUACAGACACAAUUACAUACACACUUACAACUUCACACAACACUACACUGGACCGGGUCCCUGGCCUCCCGCCUUCCAUCAACACGCCGUGACUCAUCAGCAGCCUGGAAAACGCACACCGACUCUAAAAAUAGAGGCAUUACACACAAAAAUAGAAAAGAUAAAUUCCCAAAAAACUUUUGUUUCAUCCCACAAAAAUGAAGGAAAAAAUUCUCCUAUUGAGAAACUGAAUACUUCAGUGAAUGAAACCAGAUCUAUGUGGUUGUGACGGAAGUGUUUGCACACACAGUGGCACUGGGACUUUGCCUCCUAUACUCAAAUUGUUCCAAAGGUCCAAUACAGUACACGUUACAUAAAACAUGGCACGUAGAUAAUAGAUAAUAGAUAGAUAAUGUUUCUGUGUGGCCAUAAAGAGAAUUUUAUGUCCAGAAAGGGCAUUGUUUUCAAAUGUUAGCUUACAAUGGACACAUUUCAUUUCUGUCACCUGAAACUGACACAUUUGUUCAGAUGAUUAAUUUCUUAAAUCUAUCUUCUAUUCUCUCUCCUCAAACGUCCUGUCUCUGUAGUGUUUCAGGAAACAAUCAGACAUAAAAGGACAAGUAAAAGCAAUAAGAUAUAGGUGCCAUCUUUCAUUCUGCUUUUCUCAUGGACGUUUUUCUUUAUUUUUGCUUCCUGACUCCACAAAGGGAAGCUCCUCAGUAGCAGCACUGCGGUACAGUAUAUGGCUGAGCUUUUAUUCUGGAAGGGGUUGGUUUCAAGGCAGGCUAGGAGCUUUUAUUGUGAGGGAGGAGGAGCUCACAGACAGACUGACUCAUGCAGACAGAGAGAGAGAGAGAGCGACUGCGUCUGUCACCGUCUGGCUGCUUGGCUCUCUAUAUAUGCUCCUCAUACCUGGCAGGGCAGCACUGCAACCUAGUUUACUCUCCUGCAGGGAAAUAUCAGAGCUGCUACACAACACAAGACCACAACACUGAAGGAACGCGUCCCAGCUGAAGCAGCUGCAGGACCAGAUUCUAUUGGAACAGCAGGAAGCCGCCAACUGGCAGCAGCAGCAGGAGCAGCACCAGAACCAAGAAGUCCCGCCUCCACCUCAGCAGCCACCUCAGGAAGUGCCUCCACCUGCUCCGCCAUCUCCACCUCUCCCCCCUCCUCCCUCCUUCCAGGAGUUGGAGAACAACACAGCCAUGCAGGCCAGCACCUUCAACUACGCCCGGCCCAAGCAGUUCAUUGCUGCUCAGAGCCCUGGUGGGGCAGGCUAUGUCACCCAGUCCUCUGGCUCCUCGGGGUCGAGCCUGUCCUCCCCCUUGUCUCCUCCCACCUCACACAAGCCCUUCGGCAGGGUCACCGUGCCCCCCUUCACCAAGGCCGGCAGUGUGGAGUCUCCGACCUCUCCUUCAUUCCCGCCUCCGCCUCCACCUUUCCUCAGCUCCAGUAACCUGUCCUCUCCAUCAGGACCCGCCCAAGACUUCCCUCCCCCUCCGCCUCCUCCCCCUCUGCCUGUCUCCUUGUCUCCAGCCUACUCAGAUAUGUCCUCACCGUUCUCCUCCGUCCCUCCAUCUCCAGCCUCCAGCUUCCUGUCCUCAGUGCUGCCCUCCACACCAUCUUCACCUGCCAGUCCUACAGUCAAUGCCCUGGGCCUUCCUAAAGGCAACGGGACUGUCAAAGCGUUUCCCAGGAAGUCCUCGGUGACCAGGACUCCUCGUGCCACCUCUGACUCGGACAUCCAAGGAUCCAAGGAUGCCGUCAUCCAGGACUUGGAGAGAAAAUUGCGCUUUAAAGAGGAGCGCAUAAGCAAUGGUCAACAGAGGUUAACCUAUGAGGAGAAGAUGGCUCGCAGGCUGCUGGGUGCUGACAACGCUGCCACAGUCUUAAACACACAGGACACAGAGGAGGAGCCAGUCACACAGGAAGAUAGUUCAUCUGAUAGAGAAUCUUUCCCUCAAAAGGAAUAUAAAGUGUCCAGCUUCGAGCAGCGCCUGAUCAGUGAGAUUGAAUUCCGUCUGGAGCGUUCUCCGGUGGAGGAAUCAGACGACGACGUCCAGCACGAUGAAGACUCCACCGGCAAGGGGGUGGCACCAACCUUCGACCAGAAGCUCAAACACUACAAAGUCUUCGAGGGCAUGCCGGUCACCUUCUCCUGCAAGGUCCAUGGAGACCCCAAACCAAAGGUCUACUGGUUCAAAGAUGGGAAGCAAAUCUCCAAGAGAAGUGAGCACUACAGGAUCAGCCGGGACGCUGAUGGGACCUGCUCUCUGCACACUGCUGCAGCCUCACUGGAUGAUGAUGGCAACUACACAAUCAUGGCAGGCAACCCUGAGGGCAGGGUGAGCUGCACCGGCAGGAUGAUGGUCCAGGCAGUGAACCAGCGAGGCCGGAGCCAACGCUCCACACCCGGACACAUGCGCAGGCCCAGGUCCAGGUCUAGAGACAGCGGUGAUGAGAACGAUAACAUCCAAGAGCGCCACUUCCGCCCCCACUUCCUGCAGGCGCCCGGUGACCUCAUCGUUCAGGAGGGCCGACUGUGCCGGAUGGACUGCAAGGUGAGCGGCCUGCCCACUCCUGACCUCAUCUGGCAGCUGAACGGACAGACCAUCCGCCCUGACUCCUCCCAUAAGAUGCUGGUGAGGGAAAACGGCGUGCAUUCAUUGGUCAUCGAGCCCGUGACCAGCCGCGAUGCAGGUAUCUACACCUGCAUCGCCAGCAACCGAGCCGGGCAGAACUCCUUUAACCUGGAACUCAUUGUCGCAGCCAAAGAGAUGCACAAGGCCCCUUCGUUCGUUGAGAAGCUGCAGAACACAAGUGUGGCCGAGGGUCAUCCUGUGCGACUGGAGUGUCGUGUCACAGGGGUUCCCUACCCACAAAUCUUCUGGAAGAGAGAGAAUGAGUCAUUCACUCACAACACAGACAGAAUCAGCAUGCACCAGGACAACUGUGGCUACCUGUGUAUGAUCAUCCAGCCUGCUAUGAAAGAAGACGCUGGCUGGUACACUGUGUCAGCCAAGAAUGACGCCGGCAUCGUAUCCAGCACUGCACGUCUUGAUGUCCACGCUCAGUGGCAGCAGCCUAACCUCCCCAAGCCCAAGAAGGUCCGUCCCUCCACCAGCCGCUACGCCGCACUGACAGAGAGAGGGCUGGACGUGAAGGCGGCCUUCUUCCCGGACUCCAGCCCGCUGCAGCCCGGCGGCCUGGUGGAAAGUGACGACCUGUAGAGACCACAGGGAGGCACAAGGAUUGGGACGUUUCAUCAUCUACAAAACCCCCUGAAAGCUGCCCUUGUUCCCAGCAGUCCUGAGACAAAUAUAACCAUGUCCACCUCACCUGGGGGACAAAACUAAAGGGUCGGUGGGCAGAGCGAGCUGGUGCAGCCGUGGUUUUCAUAUGUUUUUAUAGUAUGACACAACUCAUUAUGUUACCGAAUUCAUCAAGUUGUUUCCCCAUGCUUCAUUUGAUCAACUGGACCUGGAAAAUGAUUGAAGUGGAAAGACUGUUCAUAAAUAUGCUCUCACGUUUCAUGAACUGUACGGUUGAAUUUUGAAAAGGGUUGUCUUUUUAAGUGCCUCAUGUUUGUAAAGAUAUAAAAAAAACAGGUUUUAAAAUGAAAUGAAACAUAGAAUUACUAUGCAUGUUCAAGUGGUGCCAUUUGAAAUACACAGACUAAUACUGUAUCUAUACGUAGCACUGCACCAACUUUGGGUAGGAGUGGGACAUGCCGGAGAAGACUUAAAAAGAGACUGAAUGACUCAAAGCAUGGUAGCUUUGACGAAGGAGAUCACAAACUUUUAUUAUGUGGGCUUGUGUAGCACAGUAUCAUACAGUCUCAGAUUAGAUUAGUUCACAGAUUUUGGAAAAGGCCGGGCCUUACAAAGUAUGUUUAGUGUUUUUUUUUAGCAAAAGGAAUGAGGGUUGUUUGUUUGUGGGUGCAGCAGAACUUAAGGAAGGGUGGAUCUAACAGAUACAGGAAGGGACAGCGACGGAAAAAAAGCAGGUUUAUGUGAUGGACAUCAGCUUUAUUGUGGUAAGUUAACACUCGAUAGAAGGAUGUGAGUGACUGCGGCAGAGGUGAAGAUGUGAUAUAGAAAAAUGAAAGAUAUGGAAAACUUUGGUGAUGGUGGGUCAUUAUUGUGAUUUUUUUUCCUUCUUCAAUGGUUUAUCUACAAGUGUGAAUUGAAAUGUUCUCACUCGAGAGGGUGCUGUGAAAAGUUUCAGUGUAUUCGUCACACACGUCACAGAUUGUCCAUUUUAUUUUUGUAUGAGAAAAAAAAAAACCCCUUGCUUUCCCAUCAAUCUUGACAUAAAUUAUAUCAGCAACCUUUCGUUCAUUGAUAAGACAAUCUUUUCUGUAUCAUGAAGUUUUAUAAAUAUAUUUACUGCCUUAAAUCACUUUUAGGCUUAAUGCAAACAAUUUCUUUGCAUGUUAUUUUUGGACACUUGUACAGUGCCAAACAACUUUUUCCAGGAUGUAUAAAAACACAGCUUUUUUUUUCCAGUAUUCAGCAGUAGAAAACACUCAGCAGGUGGAAAGUGAAAGGCAAGGUAUAUUUAUAUCUACUAUUUUCAUCACCUAUGUAAUACUAUACAAAGUGGACAUCUUUUUCUGCAUCUGUUCAGAGCUUGCAUCAGCUGACAGUUACUGUGUUUGCACAUUUCUAUGCCAAUCAAUGCCUGUAUAUGGAUUGUUCUCCUGAUAUUAUUUUAGGUUAUGAAAGUUAAUAAAAAUCAAACUCUUCA